AUGCCUUAUCCCGAAACCACUGACGCCUUCACCGUCACCGACAUCAAGAAUUGGAGCACCUUCAAACGUCAAGAGGUGCCACUCAAAAAGUUCGAGGAUCACGAUGUUGAUAUCGCCAUCGACGCUUGUGGUGUCUGUGCCUCCGAUGUCCAUACCAUCACUGGCGGCUGGGGAGAAGAUAUCCCUCUCCCGCUUUGCGUAGGACACGAGGUCAUUGGGAAGGUCGUCAAAGUCGGGUCCAAGGUCAAGAACGUGAAGGUCGGUGACCGCGCCGGCGUUGGCGCUCAAAUCGGUGCGGAUCUCACGUGCGGCAACUGCAAGGCCGGCCAGGAGAACUACUGCCCGAACUCGAUCGACACAUAUGGCGCCCCAUAUCCCGACGGCACCAUAUCUCAGGGUGGUUACUCUAGCCACAUGCGAGCUCACGAUUAUUUCACCUUCAAGAUUCCGGAUGGGCUUGACACGGCCCUUGCAGCACCAAUGCUGUGCGCCGGCUUGACUACAUACUCUCCUCUAAAGAGGUUAGGGUGUGGUCCGGGCAAGAAGGUUGCCGUGGUGGGCCUGGGAGGUCUCGGCCACUUCGGGGUCUUAUGGGCCAACGCGAUGGGCGCGGAAACCUACGUCAUGUCGCACUCACCCAACAAGAAAGAAGACGCACUCAAGCUCGGUGCGAAAGACUUCAUCGUCACCAAGGAGAAGAACUGGGCCGAGCCGUGGAAGUUCCAGUUCGACAUCGUCCUGAACUGCGCCGACGCGACGGAUCGCUUCAACUUGCCCGACUACUUCUCCACCUGCAAAGUCAACGGCUAUUUCCACAUGGUCGGCUUCCCCGACAAGCCGCUUCCCUCGUUCAUGGCACAGGCGUUCUCUCCUAACGGAUGCUAUAUGGGCGCUUCGCAUAUUGGCAACCGGCCGGAGAUGGAGGAAAUGCUGGAGCUUGCGGCGAAGCAAAAUAUCAAGAGCUGGGUGGAGACAAUCGAUAUCAGCGAAGAGGGCUGCAAGCAGGCUGUUGAACGCGUGUGGAAAAACGACAACGUGAGGUUCAGGUUCACGCUGGUCAACUACGACAAGAUCUUUGGUAAGAGGGCAUAG